AUGACGACACAUUGUGAAGUUGAUUUUCAGCAGAAUGAUAGUUUUAUGUAUCCCAUGAAUGCAUUGAGUAUGGAUACAUUAAAUAAAAGUGUGGGAGCUAUUUUGGAUGCAAAACGGGGUAAGCUUGUGAAGCAGCCAUCAACGGUGUCUCAAGUUGUGGGUGGUCAAGCUAGUUCUUUCGCUGGGACUAGUGUAGUUGGAUAA